CACUAAUUCAUAAGAGGACCGGACACGAGUGAGAGCGAUCCAGGAAUUGGGAAGCAGACUGAGCUGUGUCGGAAGCAAAACUGGAGCGAGAUCAGGGCGUCGAAGAAGCCGGUCCCCGUCCGAUUCAAUGCGCGAUACGAAAAUUGAAUCCCGAACGAAGAGCUAUUCACUUUUGGAUGCGAAAUGUGUGCGUGUGUGUGUCUUCGAUUUGGCGAUGGAGUUGGUAUGCGCAGGAGCGCACGGGGUGGGAUUGAGCUGAUUGCGCGUUCGAAUUUAGGGUUUUGAGCUGGGUUCGGUGAAGCUUGGAAGAUCGAGCUGUGGUGGGUGGGUGGUGGGAUUUUGAGAGGAUGAUAGGUUGAAUGCGUCAGAGAAUGGCGGAUGGGAGUGUUGGAAGAGGUAACGCACAGCAAAUAGAUGGCGAUGCCGUGUGGGAGUCGGCCGGCGUUGUGCGAUGUGGGCUUAGGUUGUGGGCGUCGAGGGAAGACGAGUGUGGGAGUCUGUUGAGGGGUUGGAUUUCGUAGGUUGUGUGGUUUUACUAGGUUGGGGAGAAGAGAAUUGAGUUGGGGUGUUGCUGCCAAGGGUUUGAAGGUGAGGUUUGAGAUAAGAAGAGGGUUGGGGCUUGGGUUACCGGCUGGCCAUGUCUUCUUCGGAUCCGAGGGGAAGUCCAGGGCUUAUCCGAAGCGAAUCCAGGAGGAGAGAGCAACUAGGUGUGGAUAACCUCGACUCUUCGAAAUCUCCGUCCUCCCCCCCUUCGAUAUUCGCCACUGUGAUCACAAAACCUGACGAAGUGUCUUCUUCUUCUCAGUUUUCGACAGUGAUACAGCACAUUUCAGGUACGGAUCCGUACUCUACCGUGGUGCAUAAGGCGGCUGAGAGUUUCAGGAAGGACGGGGGAGGUAGUGUGCAACGUCGAGAUGGGGGAGGGAGGCCUCGAGGUAAGAGUGAUUGGGCUGGUGGGAUCGAAGGGUCGUCGGGAGCUCUCUCGGGUGAUGUUCGUGAUCGCACGAGUCUCUUGCAGGAAAACGUUGCAUUCGAAGAUCCUUCACUGAAGUAUGAGCUCCUGAAUGAGCUUGGGAAAGGCUCCUAUGGUGCAGUGUACAAGGCACGGGAUCUGCUGACUUCGGAACUUGUUGCGGUGAAAGUGAUAUCUCUGACCGAAGGAGAAGAAGGGUAUGAGGAGAUUCGCGGUGAGAUUGGGAUGUUACAGCAGUGCAAUCACCCUAACGUGGUUCGGUACUUGGGGUCUUUUCAAGGGGAAGAUUACUUGUGGAUUGUGAUGGAGUACUGUGGGGGGGGCAGUGUGGCCGAUUUAAUGAACAUUACCGACGAGGCUUUGGAAGAGCAACAAAUUGCGUACAUUUGUAGGGAGGCCCUGAAGGGAUUGACAUACCUACAUUCAAUCUUUAAAGUCCACAGAGAUAUUAAAGGCGGUAAUAUUCUGCUGACUGAGCAAGGAGAGGUCAAGCUUGGAGAUUUUGGAGUGGCUGCUCAACUCACUAGAACAAUGUCAAAAAGGAACACAUUUAUUGGAACUCCUCACUGGAUGGCCCCUGAAGUUAUACAAGAAAACCGAUACGAUGGAAAGGUGGAUGUAUGGGCUCUCGGAGUUUCAGCGAUUGAAAUGGCAGAGGGGUUACCUCCUCGCUCGAACGUGCAUCCCAUGAGAGUGCUCUUUAUGAUAUCGCGAGAACCGGCUCCAAUGCUCGAAGAUAAAGAGAGAUGGUCAUUGGUGUUUCACGAUUACGUGGCAAAGUGUUUAACUAAAGAGCCACGGUUACGACCUACCGCAAGUGCAUUGCUCAGUCACAAGUUUAUCGAAAAGUGCAAAGGGACUGCCUCAUCGAUGCUUCCUCAAAUUGAGAAGGCCAGGCGGAUUAGAGCUGAAAUGGCUGCUCAAGCUGCAAAUUACGUGCAAGAGCAAGGCACGACAUCCUCAGGUGGUCAAUACGGUUCUUGGGAGAAAGGCCAGACAGUGAAAAUGCAUGACACAAGUGCAGGAACGAUGCUGGUCCGUGAUACUGUAGUCAAGUCACUUAGUGACACUUUUAAAGAGGGCACAGGUACAAUAAGAGGUCCUGUGUCAGCUGAAUUGGACAGUAGGAGGUCCAUGUACGAGGCAACGAUGUCUAUGGAAACGUCUCCCAAUCGUGAGGAUUCUAAGUCUUCGUUAGAUACCAGGGAUCAGGAUACCGAUCAAGGUCGUAAUUCAACUCCUGAAAGUACGGUGGGUUCACGAAAACACUUCAAGGAUGGCGUAAGGCUGACUCUAGAAACACCUACAACUUAUUCAUCAAGUUACGCUGUGUUUUCUCCCAUUCCCCAUCAACCCGUAGGCGUACAUUCAUCUAUAUCUCGAAGAAGUCUCUCUUCCAUGGAGGCAACUCUCGGACCAGGGACCCCUGUUGGAGGUGGUAAUCGUCCAGGAUUCGGCAUACAAGACAAGCUCUUGUCCGUCUAUGCAGCUGGAAACACGGUGCCGAUCCCGUUUUUGAAGGCCACGGACCUUUCACCAAUAGCUUUAACUUUCGACAGAAUUUUUGCUGAUGGUCGGCCCGAUCGCACUAGAAACGUAGCACUUGAGGCCAUACAGGACCUCUACGUUGGGGAGGGACAUGUCCGGCGUGGCAGAAAGGCUCCCAACAGCGAAAUGCCGUUACCACCCAGUGUAUACCAACGAACUGCGACAAGCACUACACUUCCAAACCUUGCAAGGUCCUUAGCAUAUCACAAGCGAUGUUAUGAAGAGUUACCAUCACAGGGCUGGCAGGCAGCUCAGGAACAGCAGAUCAUUCACAACCUGUCUGAUACACUCAGGACAAUUCUUCGGCUCUAGUUUGUUCAUCUCGCAGUCCUGAGUGGCGAUGCAGUAUCAGGGCUUUCAUUUACCGAAAUGAUGGGCUUCGUGUUCCGUUCUAGAGGCUUCUCUCUACAAAUUUGAAAACUGUGCUUGAUGUGCAGCUCUCCUCGGGUAGUCUUGGCAAAUCGUUGAUUGUGGUCGACUGCUAUGCGAGGUACUUGUUGUCCAUGGGUUGUAGCAAGUUCGUAAUGCUUCCAUAUCACGGCCUUCCUACGUUUGUAUUGUGCUUCACAACAACCAUAUGGUUUGUGAUCUUUGGGGCCGGCAACCGUAAUGAUCCUCAUCCUCAAGCAUGGAGUCCAUUCUAUUUUCCAGUUCUGUAUUGCUGUAUUUCAUUUCUUACGCAGUAUUUGGACAAUAUCCUCUUCUUCAUGCUCGUAGGUUUUGUAAGUUGAUUAGAAAAGUAGAUGUUUUGAGUAUCCACCUUGAGACGGUAGCGAAGGUUAAGAAAACGAGAGUUUUACAAUGAUGGUGACUUCAGGUUUGUGCAGUGACACUCGAUGGUAUGUUUGUUAUUCAAUGAUUCAAAAGAUGGAGUGAUGCUUUUUAGUUGAUGCUCUUCAGUUGUUAAUGGAACCAGUAAUUGAAAUUGGCACUUUCCAAAAUGCAAUGUGAUUUAUUACUUUGCAUAAAUCAUA